CAAGACCGUAACAUUAGACGAUUGGCCAAUGGCUAGACAUACGAAACUUUGGGCAUUCCAUAGGCCGUUCCCUGGCUGGUCUGCAUGUAGACCCGACCUUAAUUGCCUUUACCCCACUACUCCCUUACUUCACUUCUACUUCUACCACCUCUCAUCCUUCCUACUUUACUUGACUCUUCUUCUACCUCUACCCUUUACUUCUACUCAUCAACUCAUCACCGUUCAUGUCCACUGACAAACCCAACAUGACAACCCCCUUCCCCCCACCCCCGGUCACAUCCAUCGACUGGACCAACGUGGGCUUCAAAGUGCGCGAUGUAAACUUCCACAUCCAAAGCACCUACACCACCAGCACCAGCACCUGGACCCCCCCUCAACUCAUCAAAUCCCCCUACAUCCCACUCCACGGAAUGUCCCCCGCCCUCAACUAUGGGCAACAAGCCUACGAAGGCCUGAAAGCCUUCCGCCACGCCUCCGGCAAGAUCACCAUCUUCCGCCCGCACCGCAACGCCACCCGCCUCACCCACAGCACAAGCUACAUCUCCAUCCCCCCGAUCCCCGAACCAUUAUUUCUCGAAAGCGUAAACCUCGCCGUCGCCACCAACGCCGAAUACGUACCCCCCCACAACACCAAAGCAUCAUUAUACAUCCGGCCUCUUGUCUUCGGGUCCAGUCCGCAGCUGAGUCUUACGGCGCCGGAGGAAUAUACCUUCGCGGUGUUUGUCACCCCGACGGGGGUAUAUCAUGGUGUUCAUGCCGUGGAUGCUUUGAUUCUGGAGGAAUAUGACCGGACUGCGCCAGCGGGGACAGGGAGUGCCAAAGUGGGCGGGAAUUACGCGCCGGUGUUACGACACAGCGCGACGGCGUAUCGGGAGGGGUUUGGGAUUACGUUACAUUUGGAUAGUAAGACGCGGACGAUGGUGGAUGAGUUUUCGACGAGUGCGUUUAUUGGUGUGAAGAGGGAUCCGGAGGGGGGUGUGAUCCUCGUGCAGCCGGAUAGUCCGAAUGUUAUUGAUUCAGUGACUGCGGCGUCGGUGUUGGAGAUUGGGGAGAAGAUGUUGGGAUAUAAGGUGGAGAAGAGGACUGUGCGGUAUGAGGAGAUUGGCGAGUUUAGGGAGGUCAUUGCGGCGGGGACGGCCGCGGCGUUGGUCCCCGUGAGGAGUAUUACCAUGCGGUCGAGGGGGCAUCGGUGGGAGUUUGAGUGUGGAGGGGCCGAGGGGGGAGGGGGCGAAGUGUGUGUCAAGUUGUUGAAGAUGUUGUCUGGGAUUCAGACGGGUGAGGUGGAGGAUGUGUUUGGGUGGAAUUGGGUGGUGACGAGGCCGGAAUUGGACGGAGAGGGAGAACAGGAGAAGGAGAAGGAUCGGGAGGAUAAGGAGUUGAACGGGGUCAAUGUGCCUUAGUUUAGUUUCUUAUGUUCUGUCGUAAAGUCUGUGGUAGACUACGGAAGAUAAUCAUUUUAGGUAGGCGGGAAUGAAACUGGAGGAAACUUCCAAUGGUAUAAGCACAUGCCGAAAUGCACU